GUUAAGACCGUCAAAAGCCAUCCCCACAGCACCAAGUGCGACUUCGGCGCCGGCCAUGGUGUGCCGAAGUCCGGCCUUUCGAGAAGGCGCCUUGCGAUGGACGUGCUCCACGAGGACCUGCUGCACCGCCUGCUGCAGUCUCUGCCGGGCCGCGCCUGGCGCUCGCUGGGCGCGGCCACGCCCGCGACGCGCAGCGCGCUGCGGAGCUUCCUGGCCGAGCGGAACCAGGUGAAGCUAACGCAGAUGGCCUUCCGCUGUUGGCCCUUGGAACCUAUUGCCUUGGCCUGUCCCAGACUGCAACGACUCUCACUCUUCCAGGUGGAUCUGCCGCUGAUCCCCGUCACGGCACGCAGCGACUGGUGCCAAGGCUUCGAACACCUGACCUGUCUGCAGCGGCUGGAUCUGGUGGAGUGUCGCUUCGUGAACGACGAGGUCCUGGACCUGAUCUUUGAACGCUGCGCGCUGCAGACGCUGGACGUCAGCUGGUCCGGCGAGUUCACUGAUGCGCCCUGGAGCCGCGCGCCGGUAAGUCUGAAGCACUUCUAUGGAAUCGGUUGUGAGCACCUCACUGAACGCGUGAUGGUACACCUGGGUGCAAGAUGUCCUGAACUGACAUUGCUUCAUGCGUCCAGACAUUUGAACUGGAUCGGCUCGACACGCUCGGAGCUCUUGACGGCCUUCAGCCGGAUGAAGUGCUUGGAGGACCUUGCCUUGCAAGACAUACCACUGGACGACGACUUGCUGAACACCUUGGCUGAACUCGACAAAUUGAAGCACCUGCAGCUCUGGUCCUUCAGCACCGGACCUGGGCUCUGCAUGACGGGUCGAGGCAUAGAGCGGCUGGCCUUCAGUCUCACGUCCCUGAAGAAACUCAGCUUGGACAGUUUUGUUUUUCAAAGUGCUGAACCUCUGCAUUGCCUUUCCAGUCAGUGUCCUUCGCUCUGCGAAUUGUUGCUGGAAGGGACUCAGCCGUGUAGCAUGGGAACGCUUGGCCACUUGUGCUUUUCCAAGUUGGUGAGAUUGCGCUUGGCUUCCUGUGGCGUGGCAGGUCAGUUGGAUUGCUCGGCAAUGCCAUUGCUACAGUAUUUGUGGCUAUUUGACAACACAGGUCUGACAAAGAUUCACGGCAAUGGACAAGCCCUGGAGGUGUUGAAUCUGGGUUCCACCGGCUGCUGCAGCAUUGAGGGCUUUGAAUUUCAACGUUUGGUGAUGUUGGAUUUGUCCAUGCUGCACCUGCGGGACAAGCAACUCAGUCCGAUCUUGCUGAAAGCCCCGUAUCUGAUCAAGGUGGUUUUGGGAGAGAACUCAAUGAGCCCCGAGCUGCUUGUGGACUUCCUGACAAGUGCCAGGCAGUUGAAGAACCUGAGUCUCUGCUGUUCCGCAAGUGGAUCAUUGACUUUGCUCAGCUUGUCACUUUCCGAACGACCUCCGGAAGACUUCGCUGUGAAGCUACAACUGUUGGAACUCUACGAGGCAUCCUGCACACUUUUGGCUUCCUCGAUGUCUGUGGAAGCUUGGCCCGUCGGGGGUUCUGCUGUCAUCAAGCGAGGCGGUGGAAGGCGAGUGCGGCUGUGGGUGGUAGAACAGCAGGAGCCCGUCAGUCCUUAUGGCCGCAUUCACCGUGCAGAUGAGAGUUGGCUGCCAGUGCAAAGUUAG